AUGAAGGGAGAGGUCAAAAUUGACUCAUCGAGGAGACGAGUUGGAAAGCGUGUAGUGUUCUCGUCCCUGUUUCGUGUGUCGGAUGUGGAGGUUGUGACUUUGCGGCUUCAACAAGAAAAAACGUGCAGAAGGAUUUUACAGUGUUACAGUUUCAAGACUGACUUUGAAUUUUCAGAAGUAGGUAACAAGUAUGUAGGGCACCACAAGGGUUUUUUCUACAAGAUGCCGGCGCUGAUACAGCAGUUUAUUGACAAGUGGCACCACGCUGCUGCUGCAGAUGCUCCGAACCAUGGCGACACCUCUGCGUGGCUUGGUAAAAAUCUCUCGUUGCAGCAGCACUCGAGAGCGGGGAGAUCAUUGACACGGAGGAAUAUACCGAUACAAUUACAAACGCCGCCAUCGCACUUGUGGCCGAAUGGUCGUGGUCCUCCUCGUGCCAAAGCCAAAAGUUCAUUUUUCUCGGAGGCGGAGUUUUCCAGCGGCUCGACGCAGCACAAGGUGAUGUAUGACCCGAGAAAAGAGGCGCUUGCGGAGGUGCGGAAAAAGGUCGUCGAUGCAAAGAAAGACGAUCCUAACCACACGGACCCCGAAGCUUUGAAGGACGAGUUCACGAAGCGAAGAGAGAUGGAAAACGCGCAUUUAAUGAAGUACGGUGGGUUUUUGGGUGGCGGCCCGAGCCUCACCGGCGUCGAUUGCCACCUGAUGCUAUUCGCCCCACAAUGCGGCUGGCGGUACGGAAACGCGGAUCUUCUGGAUCUGGACAUCGAUUUUCACAAGGAGCAAGAGCCGCAUGUAGUGGAGGAGUUGAUCAAGGCAGUGGACAAACGACCGAGAAUGUCCCUACAGCUGCAACUUCCGAAGCCGCCACCGGUCAACGACCAAGCAGACACAACGAAGGGAAUUUUGAACUCGCAGUUCGCGAAAACGUUCACACCAGAUCCGAAAUUUGAGAACAUCAACAACGUCGCCAAGAGGCAUCUGUAAGACGAGUUCUUGGGACCGCCCAUUUGAAAUAGCUGAGCUUUUGUUUCCGUUUCUGCUUGUUUAUGUUUUUUGCCAGCACGUUUGUCAUGCUCAUGUCACGAAAGCGAAGGCGAAUGUCAGAGACCAAGCAGCCAAGAAGAAUUCUGAAUGUACGAUAUCCAUAUCUAUUUUUGAACGAAACAAAGAACAGUUACAGUAACACUAACAGCUGACGGUGACGAGCGGCUUUCCGCACUCUGGC